CACGACGCCCGCAGAGUUCUUGUGUCCAGAAAGGGACACGGGAACGCUUCCCGGGCUGAUAACCAACGCUUUGGUUUGCCUGAGCGAUGGAAUGAUGCUGUAUCUGCUGCUCGUGCUCUGCAGUUUGUACCUCCACAGGGCACGGGCGUCUUUAAUCUCAGAUUCUCAAAGUGCGAGGCUUUGUUAUGGCUGCGAACUCCCUCCCCAGCCCGGGGUGAAGCCAAGCCAGCCACCCGCUGAUGUCAAGGCUUCGUCGAGGGGCAACGCAUGUGUAGUCUUCCUGUGCUAGAGUCUCGGUUAGUGUCUUGCUCUUGCCUGUUGUGCGAGAUGUCACUCAGCCCCAGUCCCGUCCUCUCUGCUGAGAUCACGCCGUCAGCCCACCCGAAAAAAGGUCCCAGAAAACACCGAUUCGCCGCCUUACGGAGCCGUGCUGCUGCUGCGGGGCUGCGGCGAGCUCUCCUCGGCUGUAAGCGCAAGCCGUCCGCGGCGUUUGCCCCCCCGCUCGCCCCAGCCCUCCAGCCCUGAGGCCGCUGCACCCCCGCCGCCCCCCGCGGGAGGGGGCGUGGGAGCCGCCCCCCCCCCCCCCCCGGCGACGGCAGCGCCCGGUGCCGGGGCUGCGGGACCCCCCCGGGACCGGCCCGAAGAGGCUCCGAGACGAAAUUGCUGAGAAUUUUUGCCUGAAGCCAGGGAUGUUUCCCGUGUGGAAGACAAGCAGCGACCUGCAGUCAGGAGGAAGAAGGGACUGACUUCGCUCCAGAAGCUUUUUUCCCCGACAGCUUCUUGCCAAGGGACCAAAAGGAGACGACCGUUGGAGAAGGCAGGAUGGUCUCAAGGGGCUCCGCUGCCGGCAUGUGUCGUUUUCCCUGGAACCAGGAUCUGAGGCUUCUCCGCGUGGAGUGCUGCUGUGUCCCAUCCGCUACCACACCCUGAAAUCAAACUCGGCAGCUUGGGUGAACGGGGCACUGCACAAACAUGUCAGACUUGCCUCCACCCCUUUCUCUUCUCCCGCUUGCUCCUGCCGUCUUUCUCCAGCACCUUCACCGGCCUGCCAGCGGAUCCCAGCGGCCCAGCGUUCCCACCUCGCCCCCGGAGACGGAGCAAUGAGGAGUCCGGGGGAUGGUUGUGGAAGGGAAGAAAAAAACUGGGAGCCGGAUUCCUUUGGGAAGGAGUUCACUUCAUCUGUACUCCUACAGCCCAGCAACACCGUCCUCCAAUCGGCUUUGCUGCGCGACAGCGGGAGCGUUUCCCUCCAGACCCUUCUUUCUCCUCUCACUUGGAGUUGUCCUCUACCGGCAUCGUUGCAGCAGGACUGCCAGAUAUUAAUGCCUUAAUGUAUUUUGGGACAGACUGCUGAAAAACCAGAAGAGAAGUUUGUGGCGGGCAUCAUGUUCCGCAAGAAGAAGAAGAAACGCCCGGAGAUCUCGGCUCCGCAGAACUUUGAGCACCGUGUCCACACUUCAUUUGACCCAAAGGAGGGCAAAUUUGUGGGCCUGCCACCUCAAUGGCAGAACAUUCUAGACACGCUGAGGCGCCCCAAGCCAGUGGUAGACCCUUCAAGGAUCACCAGGAUGCAACUCCAGCCUAUGAAGACGGUGGUGAGGGGCAGCACUGUGGAAGUGGAAGGCUAUAUCUCCGGGAUACUCAACGACAUCCAGAAGCUUUCUGCCAUCAGCUCGAACACCCUGAGGGGAAGGAGCCCCACCAGCAGGAGGAGAGCGCAGUCCCUCGGGCUGCUGGGGGAGGACAGACCCCCGGACAUGUAUCUUCAGAGCCCCGAGGCUGACUGGGCAGACAGAUACGGAAACUACCUCAAUUGCAACGGUGGGACCAAGGUGACCCGGCGGCAGACUAUGUGGCCGGAUUACAAACCCCGCCUGGAAGGACAGUCCCACCCCAACGGGAUGGUGGUGAAAGCACAGUCCCUCGGGCCGUCGGAGUUCCAGGGCGCCGACGGGAGCUGCCUCCAGCGUGUCCCUGGCUUGCAGCACAUGGCAGCGCUGCCGGGGGAGAGCGAGAAGAUGGGAAGAAAGGGCUCGGAAGAGUGCUGGCCUCAGCCGUGUGCCCUCCGGCAGGCGAACCCCAGGCCGGCAGGGGAGGGCAGCCCCAGCGCCAAAUCCAGGGAGAACAGCUUGAAGAGGCGGCUGCUGCGCAGCGUGUUCCCCUCCUCCGGCGGCUCAAACAAGCCGGGCCCUUCCCUCCAGAUAAAGCCUAAUGCUUUCUUCAGGCCCCAGCAGUGGGGUUCACCGCGCAGCCCCGCGGCCAAAGCCCAGUCUCUUCCACCAGAUCAGCCUGUCUCCGACCUCCCCAGGAUGAUCUCCGAAGCCAGGACCCCCCAGAAAUCCCCAACGGUGGAGAAGGCAGCUGCAGUGCCGCAGGGCAGGCCGUCGCCCGCCGGCUCUCCCAGGAACCGGCAGACGCAGACUAGUUCUAGCAACCUUCACCUUCCCCAGGACUCCUCUGCGAAGGGGCAGCUGGCCAGCGAGGACCCGGUGGUUGUCACUCAUGAGCAGUUCAAAGCUGCCCUUAGGAUGGUAGUGGACCAGGGGGAUCCUCGGACGUUGCUGGAGAAUUAUGUGAAGAUUGGUGAAGGGUCCACGGGUAUCGUCUGCAUUGCUCGAGAGAAGCACUCGGGGCGGCAGGUGGCGGUGAAAAUGAUGGAUCUGAGAAAGCAGCAGCGCCGGGAGCUCCUGUUUAAUGAGGUGGUGAUAAUGAGGGACUAUCAACAUGUCAACGUAGUGGAGAUGUACAAGAGCUAUCUCGUGGGAGAGGAGCUCUGGGUGCUGAUGGAGUUCCUGCAGGGGGGAGCCCUCACGGACAUCGUGUCUCAGAUCAGGCUAAAUGAGGAGCAAAUUGCAACAGUGUGUGAAUCGGUGCUGCAGGCUCUGUCCUAUCUUCACUCUCAGGGGGUCAUUCACCGAGACAUUAAGAGCGACUCCAUUCUCCUGACACUGGAUGGACGGGUCAAACUCUCAGACUUCGGUUUCUGUGCUCAGAUCAGUAAAGACGUACCUAAAAGGAAGUCCCUGGUAGGUACUCCCUACUGGAUGGCUCCAGAAGUUAUUGCAAGGAUACCGUACGCUACCGAGGUGGAUAUCUGGUCGCUGGGGAUCAUGGUGAUAGAGAUGGUGGAUGGAGAACCCCCCUAUUUCAGUGAUUCUCCAGUCCAGGCAAUGAAGAGGCUCCGUGACAGUCCUCCUCCCAAACUGAAGAACUUCCACAGGACCUCCCCGGUUCUGCGAGACUUCUUGGAGCGGAUGUUGACGCGGGAUCCACUAGAAAGAGCGACGGCGCAAGAACUUCUGGAUCACCCCUUCUUGCUCCAGACAGGACUUCCAGAGUGCCUGGUCCCCCUUAUCCAGCAAUACAGAAAGCGUACCUCUACCUGCUGACUUUACGUAAGGGGAAAUGCUAGCAAAAAAUAAUGUUUAUUUAAAUAAAAAAAAAAAAAGAAUAAUCAAGAAACCAGGCAAUCUUGUCCUUUGAAUGGUGCUUGGAACCUGUCAGCAAUCUUUUUAGAGGAUGAAUGUGAAUCCUGUCCUUGCGUUCUCAGCCUUUUGUGGCUUCUCUUUUGCUGAAGACAAUCAACGCGUACAGAUCCAAAUCAGACCCAGUGUGUCUCAAGGAUGAAGCAGGAGUUUCCUGACCUGUGGAUCGCUUCUUCCGAGGAGCGGCAUUUUAAAGCGGAGUCUGAAGUUGCGUAUCUGAAUGUCUGCAAGUUCCUGCAAACCUUGGCUGCUGACUACUGAACUGGAACAAUAUUUCCCAGUUAGAAAUGUGAUCUUUGUUUCCUUAGUUGUACACUGGAGCCUUGAGCUGACCCAAACGUACAUUUUUGGGGCACGGGCCCCUUUAAGCUCUCAAACAAUGCACAAAGACUUGACAAUUUUUUUCCUCUGAGACUUUUUCACAGACUAUUUUAAUUUCCUCCAGUUAAAUGUGGACCUGGGAAACUGUACAUGCUUUCCUGGGGAGCAGAUGUGAUAUGUAUAUAUUUGUUCCUAAAUGGCUCUCUUGCAUCAACGUGCUUCUCUUUGGCUGAGGAAUAUGUAUGGUUUAGUGGUCAAUCUUGAAUCCAUUUCAUGAUCUUAAACUUUUUUUUGGGGGGAAACCCUUGGAUACAGGCCUCAAAACAGACUCUGAAGACGGGUGUUCUUGCCGCUGGGAUCUUGUGGUUGAAAAUUCACAACGCGCGACACCUGCAGUGCUGUUGGAUGGAGCCCGUGAAAGCUUGCUCCUGCCUUUGGUUUCCAGGCGCUUUAUUUCCAAGUCCUUUCUCCCAGGAGAGGCCAAGAAACGCUGCCCCGAGCCCCUUGCUGGGUGUCGCUUUGGAGAUGCUCGAGGAGACUGAAUGGAAGAGUUUCAGGUGUCCCGUGUACCCAAGGAGAGGUUUUUGUGUGGAUGUGAGGAGGUUUGUUGAGCCUCUGUCUCCCCUGCUCGCUACCCCAGAACGCGGGGAGAGGAGGAACUUCAGAUUAUUUUUCGUUAUUGGUAUGACCUUCCCACCACCCCUUUGCCCGUGCAUUCGGGAGGUUACUGGUUGUCUAAGCGGCUCUCUCCGUUAUUUUAAAAUAGAUUUAGAUAUUUUGUAUGAUACACUUUCUGAGCAGUGAGAUAGUCGAGGUCAUUGGACUCUAGGUCAGGCUGUAACGUUGUACAGUGAUGGUGUGUGUUGUUGUGAGGUCUCAAGAAUAUAAUCGUACGUGUGGAACUGGGAUCCUGUUUUGAAACUCCAGAUACAAAUUUAUUGGAAUUUAAGUUAUUCUUGGGACAGUCCUGCUGUCUCAGAAACUAACCUCAUAAUUGCAUUUUCUUCAGAAGAUGUUAAUUAUCCCUGUCCUCUGCUACUUACUCCAGUUACAGAUCCUGCUUCAAAAUUGAAGCCACCGUUGAUUACUUGAAGUAAUUUGGGACGGAAUUCAUCUGCACUGAUGGCAGCCAUCUCAGUGGCGGGUGCCCAGCCUGCGAAGCGGGUAGCUCGGCUCUGUAGAGUGCGGGGAGAGGAGCACGUCCGGAGGGUGAUCCGUCCCCGUUACCCCGAUACCUGCUGAAGGGCGAAAUCGCUGUCUCUGGAUGUCGCCCUCCCCGUGGCCAGCGGAGGGGCCGGAGGGGUUUGCCUGGACUGGAUGUCGAAGUUUGGGGCUGAUGAAGUUGGUUGAAAUGAAUUCAUUUAGCUCCUCCUUAACUGCACUGGAAAAUUUUUUUGAUGUAAAAUAUUUCUGUAUUCCAGAUAUAUUGCUUUUUUUUUUUAUGCAAAAGAGUGGGGCUUUGAAAAGAUUUAUAAUUUGAAACAAACGAUCCUGCUCAUCUGUAGUUGUGAAUCCUUUGCACUUGUGUUUUAAAUUAAAGUAGAUCUUGAUUUAUUCAUAAGCCUGUUGCGGUGCUGAGAUGCUUUAAAAUGUGUCUGUAGUUCAGAGAUGUAGGAGAAGCGUGAACCUUGAAGUCUGGACUAACUCACCUGCUCUGUGGCCACGUGGCUUUUAAAACAAGAAGAGACUAUAGCAGAAGCCUGGAUCCCAAAACAAACAUUUCUUGGGGCCAGGGAUGAGAGGU